AUGGGGAUUCAGAAGACUGCUGCUUUGGUGCUCCUGGUCUGGAUCAUCUCUCCUGCAGAGGCGUCCAUGCUGAACGAUCCCAAAUUCUGCUACGCCCUGGACGUGAUCCUGUUGGUCUACGGCAUCGUGAUCACCACACUGUAUCUGCGGGAGAGAUUCUUCAAGCCUAAAGUUAAAGACAUGACGCAGAAAGACUCGACCUACGCUUCUUUAAGCGGCGGUCAGUCCGCUUACGACGGUUUGAGAAUGAGAGAUGCGGAAACCGGACGUGCCCGAGGGGGUCGCAGGCAGGGGGAUGACGACACAUAUACGCGUCUGAGGGAUAAGACUGAAGACACUUACAAAGAGAUCCAAGUGAAGAAAGAUCGCCGGCCCAAUGAUCAGGUUUACCAGGGUCUGAGUACUGCAACUAAGGACACCUACGACUCCCUGCACAUGCAACCUCUGCCUCCUCGUCGCUAAAAGCAACGCCGAAUCAAUAUUAAUCCAUACGUUAAUAACUGUAUUCCACACAACAACGUGACUUGAUUCAACUCCAGUAUAGACCCUUUUGGCUUUUUGUUUUUUGUGCGCGCGUGUGUCUUGAAAACAUUCGCUCAAAUGUGUUUCUCACUUUAGGGGAAAAAGUCGACAGCUUUCGUUACUGUGUACAUUGUUCUUAAUUUGAAUAGCUCAUCUUUUGUUAUAAAUUGAUCAUAUUAAUCAUCA